AUCCCACCAACACAAGUGAAAAUCCAAGCGUGAGGUAGACUCGUUUCCCUCCCCUCAUUUACCCCCACCACAGUGAAAAAUCCAAGCUGGCUAGCGAGCCACACAAUCCCGCCACGGUGACGUCACUUCGUGUAGUGUAGUGCAGUGAGAAGGAGCAAAAGCCAAAAGCUCUGCUCCGUAUACAUGAUACAAGUAUUCAAUAAUAUAAUUAUCAACGAGGUUAAACUGUUAGCCGUAUUUAAGUGAAAAGAGUUUUACAUCCGAACGAUUUGUUGAUACACCAAAUCGAGGGAUAAAUUGAAUGAUCACCGUGGAAAUACAGUUUUGGGGGGGAGGGGCUUCUGGUUAAACGUGAAAACAGUUGCCGUGUUGUCGCCAUUAUUAUUUUUUUUCGUUCUCUACAUUUUCCUUUGUUUUCUCUUUCCCCUCUCGCCCAACGUUCCGAGAAAUCAGCACGAGUCACAGUGGAUUAAUGUGACUAGGGGGGGAAAUACAGGAAAAUAAUAAUUGACCAGUGAAUUUACAAGGGUCUUUGUCGUCUUUAUCCGGAGUUGUUUUAUUUUUUUUUUUCUACCAGUAAAGUGAUGGUUAUCGGUGAAAAAAUGGCAGCCAACAUCGAGCGUGUUACGUUGUGGCAAAUUUGGUGGUGUUACGUGGUGAUUGGGGCCCUAUUUGAUUAGUGGUUGUAACAUGUGGCAUUCAGCAACGGUUCAACUUGCUGCUGCCAGUGGUGUAUUAUCCCACGACACGUCGGCGGUUACGGCGCUGUAUUAUCGUGAGCGCUUAACCCUCGUACAGUAUUUUCAACGCUGCUACGACAGCCCCUGUGGGGCCACGGGGUCACCAUCGUGGUGAUUAAGGAAAAAUAAUUGAAAAGUAAAAAAAAAAAAGUAUAUAAAAUAAGUGCACAAGUGUGUGAUAUCCCCGUUAAAAAAAUUUUUCCCCCCCUUUCCCCCGUCCCCCCUUCACACCCCACACCCCCGUCGCCCCUUAUCCCCCUUGAUCAAGUGAAAGAAGAAAUAUCGUGUGUUCAUGGGAAUAAGUAACCAAGUUCAUGAGUACGGAAUUCACUCAAAUGUGCGUGAAGUUAAAACCCGAAAUUGAUCGUUGAUUAUUAUUAUUAUUUCAUAUAUAUUUUUUUUUUCUUUAUUUUGGUUUGUUUUUAUUUGGCGAUUAAUUGAGUGGGUAGUUGGUGAAAGUGAUUAUCAACCCCUUCUCCGUUGGGAAUAAUUGAUAUUGUGAGGAGAUAAAGUUUAUCCAGGGGUUGUAAUAUAAAGUGGAAGGAUAUAUUUGUUCCUUGUGUGCAUCAUAGUUGUGUGUCGUUGUACAGUGCCGCCCCAAACGAUAACACAACAUCCGAUCCCAAAUGAAGAGUUCGGAGCAAAAUGGUUAGAGAGACACGUCACCUGUGGGUUGGAAAUCUGCCGGAAAACAUCCGAGAGGAUCGCAUAAGAGAGCAUUUCAAAAGGUAUGGACGCGUGCAGAGCGUCAAGUUGUUGCCACGGGGCGAGGAAUGCCCCGUGGACGGUGGUUCCGGUGGUACAAUCGGCGAGGGAAACGAGGGUGGCACUGGAGGUGGCUCAGGUAGCACAGGCAGCAGUGGUACAUCGAGUACCGGUGCUUCAGCGACGGUUGCGUUCAUGGAUAUCAAAUCCGCAGCGAAAGCACACGCGACUGAACACACGUUGGAUGAGAGAGCCCUCACAACCCAGUACUACGAGCCACAGCAUCUUCAGCACAGAUUUCCCACACACGGAAGCUCUGAGGAUCAUGGAUCCAGCGUCGUCGGUACCGUCGGUGGUGGCGUUAACUCAGUCACCGGUGUCACAACAGAUCGCGUCAACGAGCGAGUUGUCGACAGAAGUAACGAGACUUUCGAGUCCCGUGUUUCCCACGGAGGUUUCUAUCCCAGUGAGAGAAGCAAUAGGGUUGAACAUACGGUCGAUUCGUCAACGGUCGAGACCGGUGGUUACAUACCACGUGGUAGGCCAACACCGAGUAGUGGCUACCACGUGACGUCAACGAGGGCGAGGGAUCGGCUUUAUCCAAGAACUAGCUCUUAUCCAACGGGCCCACCACCACAAUCCCAUAUAGAACGCCAUCGGGGGAGUAUACCGAUGUCGUCCUGGCUUGGGUAUGAGACAGGCUCGUCUAGGUAUGCGUCUGGACCACCGCCACCCUCGCCCGCUGCUACUGACAGUUACCAAGAGGAAUCUGGUGGCAACGUCGGUAGCGGUAACACCGGCAGUAACAGCGGUACCUCAAGACAACACAAAAAACAGCGAAGAAAAUCGAGAAGUGGUAGCAGUUCGCCAAGUGGCUCAAGUCGCUCUGGUAGUAGUAGUAGCAGUCGUAGCAACAGCUCCGGUGGUAGUACAUCUGGUGGUAGUAGUUCACCAGGUAGUUCACCCCAUCGUACUGGCAAUGCAGCUGUUUCAGAUGAUAGGCGACCACUGGCAAUAUGCGUUAGAAAUUUACCAGCGAGAAGUAGUGAUACAUCUCUGAAGGAUGGACUUUUUCACGAAUACAAAAAACAUGGAAAAGUAACAUGGGUGAAGGUUGUUGGAGCUGCUGGUGACAGGUAUGCACUUGUCUGCUUCAAAAAACCAGAGGACGUGGAGAAAGCUCUAGAGGUGUCGCACGAUAAAUUAUUCUUCGGUUGUAAAAUCGAAGUUGCACCUUAUCAGGGAUAUGACGUGGAGGACAAUGAGUUCAGGCCUUAUGAAGCUGAACUUGAUGAAUAUCAUCCGAAAGCAACGAGAACAUUAUUCAUCGGCAAUCUGGAGAAGGAUGUCACAGCGUCUGAGCUCAGAAAACACUUUGAGCCUUUUGGGGAAAUUAUCGAAAUCGACAUUAAAAAACAGGGAGCUGUAUCGAGUUAUGCAUUUUGCCAGUACUCGGACAUAACAAGUGUAGUGAAAGCUAUGCGUUCGAUGGAUGGAGAGCAUCUCGGUGCUAAUCGAAUUAAACUUGGUUUUGGCAAGUCAAUGCCAACGCCAUGUGUAUGGGUCGAUGGUAUUGGUGAAUGUGUUUCUGAAAAGUACCUGAAUAUGCAGUUCCAUCAGUUUGGACCAAUUAACCAAGUUGUUGUGGAUCGUGAGCGUGGACAUGCUCUCAUAUUCUUUGAGCAGAUAACUUGUUCACAGACUGCUGUUAAAGAGAUGAGAGGUGCAUCACUCAGGGGACGUAGAUUGCAGGUGGAUUUUGCCUCGAGGGAGUGUCAGGAGACAUUUUACGAGCAUCUCGAGCGUCAGGGUGUUGCUGGAGAGAAACCAUGGGACUCUAGGCCGUCACCUGCGGCGACAUUUGACGUUGCAAGAGACCGGAGUUUCGAGUCAUCGGUGACAGUACCAAAUGCUGGCAGUAGAUUCACCCGUUAUGAAACACCUCCUCGAGCAAGGACAGCAUCAUACUCCCGAACACCUGGGGGUGGUAGUACUCCAGGAGCAAGUCCAGCUCAUCCAACAGCAAUGUCCCGAAGUAGUAGACGCUCGUAUCAAUCAGAUCCCUACUACGACGGCGAUUAUACAGAUCCACCACCCCGUAGAUUUCGUAGUUACGAUGAAUUUAGUCAGGGAAGUGGUGCUAGUCACGAUGAUUACGAGAGUAGUGUAAUUGGUGAUAGUAAAUUAAAUGAUGAUGAUUUACCACCACCGAGAAGGCACAUUGUACAGAGUGUUGUAACAAGUGUUGAACCACCAGCACCACCACCAAUACUCCUUCCACCACCAGACAUAAGACAUCUCCAGAAGGAGCGUGUACACUUGCUCGAACAACUUGAGGAGUGUCAUAGUAGUGGUGAUGAGGGUUUUGCACCAAAGAAACGUAAACUCGAUGCAUCAAUUAUUUGUGAAGAUGAGGAGCCAGAAAUAGCAUCACUCAUGGUGACAUCUCAUUCACGAAAAGGUAUGGACGUGAGACGAGUGAGUGACAGUAAAAUACUUCAUCACACGGCGAGACGAAGUAGUUGCGAGGCUAGAGGACCGGGCCCAUGCAAGAGAAGACGUGAAACAUCAAGUAGACAUCAUGAGCAUCACGAUGGUUCGAGACCUGGUACACCUCUCGUUGAUGAGAGACCCGAGAAUAUAAUGCCGAGUGAACCAAGAAGAUUUCGUGAGAGAAGCCAAGAGGGACCUCUGUCUCUACCCCUUCCAAGAUUUGCUGCUCAAAUGAUGAAUAAUAACAACAAUAGCACUGCUUGCAACAGAACGACAAGUAUUAAUGUAUCAAAAGUGGCGAGUCCACCUGGUAGUACAGUUUUACCAUCAUUACCAAGCCCUCGUACAGCACCCCAACCACCAGCAUCACCACCACCACGACAUCCAAGCCCAAGUCCAACGAGUUCAGACAGUGAAACAGCACCACAAUCACCAAGCUUGGAGGAGAGAAUACGUUCAUUGGAUGAAAAAUAUGAAAGAUGGUCUGGUUCACGUGCAUUGAGUGCUGCUGGUGGUGAUGCACUUGCUAAACUCGAUGCAUCAGCCUCUGAACGCUUCAGGUUUCGUCAUAAAUUAUUGGAUCUCAGCGACCUAAGUGAGGUACAACCAUCGGAUAUCGUUAAAUCUGUAUUAGCUAAACGUAGUGUAUUCGAUGAGGAUUCAAAGAGACUUGAGAAUUUCAAUGAAAAAUAUGAACCAAGAGAAUUCACUGGUAUAUCAACAGUUGUUGGUUCAACAGCAUCAUCGACAGGUGGUACAUGUGGAAAAGUAUGCCUACAGUAUCCAUUCCCAAGUCAUCCACCAGUUGUAACAACUACCUCUAGUUCAUGUAUCACACCAACAUCAACAAUCCUAGUAUCACCAUCAUUAAAGACUGAUCCACGUAUUGGUGUACAUAAUUGUAUACAUCCACCACCAGCAACACCAAUAACACCUGGUACAUCUAUAAAAACAGCUAGUCCAGAAUUGCCACCAGUUUCAUUGCCAAUUGGUCACGCCACUGGUACAAGUAGUUUUGCUGCCAGUGGAUUACCAAUGUCCAGUAAUGUUAAUAUUGGUUCAGCAUCGAUGUCAUCAAUGGUGUAUAAUCCAGUUACCACUAGUGCUGCAGCUGUGACGACAGCAAUGGCUCUUGUUACAACUGCAACUACAACAGUGACAACAACGGGUUCAGGUUAUCAUUCGGGUUUGCAGACAACUACAUGUACCUCAACAGCAACUGCAACGACACCAUCAGUUGCAUCGUCAGUUGUUGGAGUAACAGCUGUGACAACUGGUGAUUUGGGAAAGGUGAGAUCGAGAAAGGAAGCCGGUAGUAGGGAGAGCAGAGACAGUAGGGAUAGCAGAGACUCUAGGCACAGCAAGAGUAGCAAGGAGAGUACGAGAAAGCCCAGGAAGGAGGAGACAGAGGAGAAAACUCGAAAGGACUAUGAUAAAGAGGAACGAGUGAUGUCAGAGUCGAUUGACAGUGACAGUCACAAGGAGGGUAAAGAGGGAAGGUACGAGCGAAAGGAGCGAGAGGAGAGAGAGAGGCGCGACAAGGAGGAGAAGGAGAGGCAGGAGCGAAGGGAAAGGGAGGAGCGUGAGAGGCGAGAGAAGGACGAGGAGAGACGAGAAAAGGAGCGCCUCGACAAGGAACGACAGGAGAAGGAGAGGAGGGAGAGGGAUGAGAGGGAGCGCGAGAGGAGGGAAACUGAGGAGUUGGAGAGGCGGGAGAGGGAGAGGCUCGAGAAGGAGCGAAAGGAGCGAGAGGAGAAGGAGAGACAGGAGCGAAGGGAGCGUGAGGAGCGAGACAGGAAGGAGCGAGAAAUCAGGUUGGAGAGGGAGAAAUUGGAGAAGGAGAGGCUGAGGAAGGAGCGCGAGGAGGUGGAGAAGAGGGAGAAGGAGGAGCGGGAGAGGAGGAGGGAGGAGAAGGAGAGAAUUGAGAGGGAGAGAAAGCGGGAGAGGGAGGAAAGGGAGAGACUCGAUAGGGAGAGGCGGAAGGAGAAGGAGGAGAGGGAGAAAAUUGAAAAGGAAAAGAGGGAAAAGGAGGAGAGGGAGAGAAUUGAGAGGGACAAGCAUGAAAAGGAAAAACGAAGGGAGGAUGAGAGGCGGGAUAAGGAGAAAGCUGAACGGGAAAAACGGAGGGAUCGGGAGGAUAAGGAGAAGGAGAAGGAGAAAGAGAAAGAGAAAGAGAAGAGGGAUCGAGAGGAUUGUAAAAGACCGGAAAAUAAUGUUCAUGUCUCUAAUCAAAUUCAGGGACAGGCUUCUCCUGCUGCUGUACCACUGAAACGUAGGUGUUCAUCUCAGGAUGCUGCUCCUGAGGAGGAUGCCAAGCGUAUGAAGAUAUCGGAGCACAGGAGGGACAGCAAGGACAGACCUCGACAGAAUAGAAGAUCCGAGGAUCGUAAACACAGGAGUGAGACGCACAGGACUAGCAGAGAUAGCAGGGAGAACAGGGAGAGCAAGGACUCUUCCACUUCGGUGCAAAGUCAGGACAGUCGUGAGAGCAGAGACUCAUCGCAGACGCAUAAUGAUGGAACGAGAGAGAUCAAGGUAGACGGCAUCACCAGGGAGAGUAGGGAAAAUCGUGAUAGCAGGGACAGUCGUGAUAAGGAGAAGCAAAAGAAGAGAAGUAGAAUGGAACGAUCUGAUAAAGAACGUGAACGAAGUCCACGAGUGUCUCAUGAUCUUGAUAAAGAAUUCCUGGUUAGAUUGGAGUUGGCAAAACGAUCUGAUUCUAGCCCACCUCAUAAUCAAGACGUUACGUCUCGUCAUAGAGAGCCACGUGACCAUCAUCAUCAUCAUCACCAUCAUCAUCAAGUCUCUAUGAAUUUACAUUCCGAUAAUGAUGAUGGUCACUCGUCAACUCAUGAAAUGCAGACAAGGCAUCCCUCUCACACAACCGACACUGACAGUGACGAACCCAAGAAACACUCAAUCUUUGAUAUUAUUGAUGAUGAGCCUGCUUACAUCAGUAUGUAUGACAAAGUCAAAGCAAGAUCGACGAAGAAUAUGCAGAAAUUGGAGGAGGAAAAACGUCAGGUGAGACUCAAGGAUAAAUUCUCACAGCUGAAGCAGAGUAGAGCGAGACGAGAGGAGAAGAAACAGAGCACCUCUUGGGAUGGGGAUUCAGUGAGUAGCAAAGCCCUCACAGAAGACGAAUCUACGGAGUCAGAUUCAACGAGAACGAAAUCUCUAUCACGUAAGGGCUCACGAUCACGAAUUCAUUCGGAUACCAGCGAAGAGGAUGAAUCAUUCAACAAUAAGAUUCAUAAGAUCAAAACUGAGAGAUUUGUUGAGAGUGAUGUUGAUCUUGGUUUCGCUGAUACCGAGGAGAAACACACACCAACAGAUUCCAGCAAUCUUAUUCGAACGAUCAAAGAGGAGCCGAGAUCGUCGGACGAUGAGGAACGAUUGCCGACGGUUGAAUUCCCCUCGAAUCAUCCUGCCAUCAAUAACCAUCAGAGAGACUCCAGGAAGAAGUCACACAAGAAGAAACAGAAACGUCAGAAAUCAUCGAUAUCGAGUGAGGAGGGAAUUGUGAUCAAGACCGAGUCCUCUGAUAACGUCGAUCACAAGAAGAGUCUUCUUACCUCCGAAUGCCGAACGAAUCACCUCAAUGAUUCGGAUACGAUUAUCGGUUCGGUGACGACGAACAUGGCCGAGGGUACUGAGGAGCGAAUGAGGAAGGACAAGAAGGAGAGAACGAAGAAGGAAAAGAGACGAGAGAGAACUAGUGAGGACAAGGUGAAAGCGAAAAGAAAACGUCUGAGUCGACAGGAGGCAAGAGAUUCCCAGAGGAUGGAGGACAUCUUUGGACCUCUUUCUGACGACGUAGACGAGACUCCCUCGAGUACCUUCUUCAAUCGCCUCAGCAAUCUUCCCUCUGAGAAUAACACCUACGCGACAGACAGCGAUGGCAUACGCAGUCCAAUUCUCGACGAGAGAAUUCGAAGAAAAACGGAAAAGAAACGUCGCCACCAGACGGAGGAUGACAACAGUGUUGAUCUGGCUGAGGCAGGUCGUGAGAUUGAGGCAAAACUCCUGGGUCUACCGUCCUCACCGAAACCAGCAGCCACAUGUGCAGAGACAAAUGAUCACGAUGUCUUCAGAUUCACCGAUGACAAUGACAGUCACGAGCCUUCGACCCCCACAACAGCACCUGAGAAAAUCAAGGAGAAGAAGAAGAAGAGGAAGAAAUCAAAGGAGGAGAGAAGUCGAAAGGACUAUCACCAUCAUCAUCAUCAUCACCACCAUCAUCAUCAUGAGAAGACUGGUGCUCUGCCUUAUCUGGGGGCUGAUCCAAGUCCACCACGAGCGAGUAGUCCUCUACCACGUAAAGCCAUGUCACCGACACUACCCAUCGCCAGAGAUCAUCUCAGUCCAAUUCCCAAAAAUUCAGUUACACCGGCACCGAUGACACCGUCGACAGACGUCCCGAAGACUGAGAAGAAGAAAGAAAAACUCAUGCCUUCUUAUGGUGUCGAAAAUGAUCGAGUACACGAAAAGACGAUGAAAAAUGUACCAGCGACUGCAUUGCGUAAAGUCUUCAGACCACCGGUGGCUGUUAUGAACGAACGUACACCAUCACCAGAAGCAAAAGUUCCAUUAACUCAAACCCACCACAUAACUGGACUUCCGAUAUCACAGGAAGAAACUGAGGAUGCUGUUGCUGCACUUCUGGAGGAAACAUUUGGUGAUGCAACGGAAUUCUCAUACCAGAGUUGUUCAGUGGCCGAAACCGAAAACUCUCCAGUGAGUGAGGUAUGCUCUGUCUCUCUCCUAGCCGCAUCUGAGGACGUCGAAGAAACACAGCUGGCAGUUGAUAAUUUAAAUGCCUCAGCUGCUGACACCGAUACAGAUCUCAAGCCAGAUACACCUCAAAGUGAGCACGAUCUUCAAAUCGAUACUGAUACUGAAGAGGAUCCAAACUACGAAUCCUUUGAUCUCACACAACCACCGAAGACCCCGGACAUUCCAUCGUUCUACAAAUCACCAGUUAACAAACAGCUGGUGCUGCCUGAUAAACCAUCUAAUUGUACAAGGCCAUCGACACCACCUUCAGUGAUAUCUCAUUCAUGGACGGACCAUAAACCUGUUAUAAAAUCCCCUCAGAUUGAUACCCCCGAGGAAUCACCAGCUCCUCCAGCCUCACCGCAGUACAAACAGCCUCUUCCCUGUUCAGUGCCGAUGAUAAGUGAUUCUCCAAGGAUAUCAGCAGCUGUUAGUCCUCGUCCACCGAUAUCGACAACAGCUGGUCAGCCACUCUAUCAAAGACUACCAAUGUCAUUGCAGGCCCAGAUGGUACCACCACUUCGUCAAACAACUCCAAGAAUGCCAGCCGUUACGACAAGUAUAUCAGUCUCAGCUCCCCUUGCACCUCUCAUGCAAACAAGAAUGCCAACAUUGGUUCGCACUCAGUUACCACCAAGAGUGUCUGAAUCUCUGUCACCGAAUGGUCAGUGGUCAAGAGCAUCACCGAUAACUCCAAUCUUAUCACAUGUACCUAAAUCGACACCUCCACCAGCGAGAAUACCAGUAAGUGUACCCCUGUCAGUUCACAGGCCAGAGGUUCCAUCGCAGCACAUUUAUUCGACAGCAGCGAGUCAACAGCCUGUCAUUCAGCAUGCACCUGGUAUGAGAGCACUAGCUCCAAGUUAUCCACAUGGAGGCCUUCCUCCAUUAUCUCUCAACAUUCCACCGAGACCCUACAUGCCCGUACCACCUCUGACAGCCGGAAUUCAACAGAAAUCACGUGACAAUUCGUCAAUGGGAAAAUCAGUUAUUGAAACUGUGAUAGCUGCUCUGUCAAACGAGCCCCAAAGACUUGAGGAGCCAAAAUUAUCACCAGCUGUUAUACCAGAGCCUACGAAUAAGGCAUCAACAUCACCAAAAGUACCAUCACCAAAUCAACCACCAACAUUUAUUCCAGAGACAGCUAAGAUUGAAAUUAAUGCUGGUACAUCAGCACCAAUUGUAAGUAAAUCCAUUAGCGUUGUUGAGAGUGCUGCAUUGUCACCAAGAGCACAAAAACAACACCAGAUUAUGGAGAAUGAUUUACUAUCUCCCAAACAGAAACCGGAUGUUGGUACUAUGCACUUAUUGACAACACAUACACCAAGAGCUUCAACACCGAGCCCUGUUAUUGUUGCUCAUGGACAUGUUGGUCAUAAAUCAGUUGUUCAUUCUCUCAUACCAAGUGUAACAACCAAUCAGCCGUUGAUUAAGACCGUUGUGCCUGUUGUAACACCACAAUUUCAGGUGCCUGAUAACAAGGGACCUCCUGUCACCCAGAAUUAUCAAUUACCCAGAUCAGCAGUCUCUCAGAGUACUUUAGCAAUCAAACCUCAUGUGCCAGUUGUAUCGACAGCUGGCCAAGUUACAAGAAUCUGUACAUCGAGUGUCACAUCUGUCUGCACGACGAUGAGUUCAUCAGUCUUGACAGCUCCUGAACUUGGGGAAGAGAGGACAGAUAUUCCUAAGAAGAUUGAACCUGUUGAACCAGAAUUACCGGUUCAGUCUCCAUCGAUUCCAGUUCAAUCGCCCGAAGUCAAGCAGGAAACUCCAGUAGCGAUUGAGCCAAAACUUCAGGAUGUUGAGGUGAAGUCAGAAAUUUCUGAGGAUGUUCAAGGGAAAGUUCAACCUCCAGUCGAACAGUUCCAACCUGAGAAGAUAGAGAUACCGCUGAAACCGGUGGAUCUGUUGGAGUCAAUGCCACCAAAACCGGAACUUGAAAUUAAGGAAGAACCGGAGGAGGUGAAGCAGGAGCCAGAGCCAGUGAAACCACCAGAACUACCUGAAAAUUCACCUGAAGAGCCGAAGGAGCCUGUUGCAGAGCCUCUACCCUCUGAGAUCAUCAAGGAGGAUCCCAUAGACAGCAAAGAGGACAGUGACUACUGGUCAGCGAAGGAAGUCAACAUCGACAGUGUCAUCAAGACUGUUGAUGCCCUUUGCGACAACGAGUCCAACGAGACUGAAGGCCACGAAGACGAGGACAACCAUGACAGGGAACACAAUGGGGAGUCUCACGACACCAGCAAGAGUGAGGAAUGGUUAGACAAUGAGUCGACAGAGGGUGACAGCAAGAAGGACUUCUCCACGAAUGAGGAGCACGAUGAGGGCGUGGAGACGUGUGAGAUCGAGGCGACUAGAACGAGAAGGGGAAGAGGAAAGAAGGGACGUGGAGCUGGACGUGGAGGAAUCGCUGCGAGACGUGGACGAGGUGGUGUAUCACGUCGAGGUGGUAGAGUCCCCAGGGGUGGUAAACAGGAGAGAAAUAAAUUACCCGCUGACGUUUAUGAAUUCCACGACGACAGUGAGGAGGAUAAUGCUGGCCGUCCCAGAUUGAUUUUAACCAUCAAAUCACCGGGUCCAAAUGUCGCUGGAAAUGCUCAACCUCCCCAACCAGUUGCUGCUGUCAAGGAGGUACCAGCAGAGGAGUUUGUCUCACCGACGAUCAAUACGAGGAAGUCUAAGAGACUAGCUGAGAAGGAUGGAAGCAGAACGACGGUAGACGAUAUAAUCGAAGACGUUGUGCGUGGCUCGGCGAAUAAGGGAGCUCUACUACCGGGUGUUCACGCGACUAGACGUAGCACGAGACACAACAACAUCCCCAGACCAGUGCAAACUCCUCCAGAGCCACGAAAGACAACUCGUGGUGGAAGAAGAGCGAAUCGAAGAUCCUCCGAGACCAACGAGGACAGCAGUGAGGAGAAGACGAAGGAGGUAGCGAGGGAGGCGAGCUUCGAGGAGGCUGAGAUACCUGAGGAGAAGGUCGAGGAGGUUAAGCCACCUGUACAACAUCAGAAUCCUAAGUCCCUCGAGCCCAUGACACUCAUCGAUCCUGUCACAGGUAUGCUCAUACCCAUGAGGGAGUCUGAGGAGGGACAAUAUAUUCCUGUGUCCACGGCGUCAGGGCUGGUGAGGAGUGAGGCCAGGUUACCAGAUCAUCAGCAUCAUCUUGCUCAUCCCCUCAACAGACCGGAUAAUCCUCCGAAGGAACACGAACCUGCUGAUCUCAGCCAACAAAUUAAGAGCCAGCCCACUGUCAUCACUAAGCCACAGGUGACUUCCUCUCCUGUCAUUCAGUCCACCAUCACUCCCACCACUUCAACAUUGAUGACAACAGCUGCUAAUCUCGUUGUGACACAGACAACAUCCACCACAACUGCUCAGACAAAACCCACGAGUCUCAAGGCUCAUGUUUUGAACGCCAGUAAAUUGAAUAAUCCUCCCAUUCCUCAGGCAAUCGUCACCAAACCUGUUAUACCGAGUUUACCAACUCAACCGCAAAUUCAGAAUGUCAUCAAACCGAGUCAGGGAGUGCAGGGCCUGAGGCUACCUGUGCCAAGUCGUGUCGUAUCACCCAGUCUCAGUCCACGUCCCAAGCCAAUUCCAGCACCUGCCAAUGGUAAACAGGGACAGCCAAUGUCUCCAGUUCUCAACACCUCCAACAUUCCACCGAAUCCCAAGCAGCAUCUUCUUCAAGCUGCCAAGCAAAUGCAGCCACAGCCCAUUGUCAAUAUGCCCAAACAUCCGUCGAAUAUUCAUCCAGUGGUGGGAACACCUCCUGUCAAGAGGGUACACAAUCCUGUCACUCAACCGACUGCACUGAAAGGCAUCAAUGGACAACCUCAUCUGCCUAGUCCUAAGGCACAUCUACUGCAGACCGUUGGACCGACUAUCAUUCCUGGGGGUGUUGCCAGCCCACCUAUUCAACCACACAUCCUGGGGAAUCCUACGGUUGGGGCUGGGGCCAGAGCUGGUGUACCCAAGCCUCCUGGAGUGCCUGGAGGAAUGGAACCACCCAAAGUCGAUGUGUCACUGUCUGGAUGCAUCAUGGUUCCUACUGCGAGCCCUCAGGGGCACGUUCCUGUACCUACGUAUGAACCUUCACUGCAUGGCGCUGCGGGCGCAGCUCCAUCACCACGGGCUCAAUAUGGUCUUGUGCCCCCACAUCGAACCCAGAGUCCUCCACUGCCCCCACCUGCCCAUCACCAUGCUAAUGCUUCUCAGGGUGACGUGGUGAAUCAUUACGGAGGUCUUCCUCGUGCUCCCGAGUUGCCAGCCCACUACAUGCACUCCCUACAGUACCAGUACCUCCGAGCCCAGCAGGAGGCCCUGACCCCGAGAAUACCCUAUCACGUACCUGGAGCACGUUCGCCUCACCUCCCCUUGGAUCCCCAGAUGGAGGCAACUGGUGAUGAGAGUCACAGCCCACCCCUGGAGCUUCGUCGUGGCACGAGAACACCCCAGGAACGUACAACAGACAGUCCCCAAGUGGCACAAGUUUACAUGCUCCAUCAGGGCCAGAGAUUACCACCACCACCACCACCACCUCAGUACAAUACUGGCAACAAUCCAGGACCACGUGCUGGAUAUUACGAUCCACCACCUGCUCACAUAAGAUCACAAUUUCCAAUGGCCAGUGAUUCACCAGAUCGUGCACUGACACCUGAUCGCCAUCGUAAACUUCAAGUUGCAACACCACCACAUGCACCCAUUCAACCACAGCCACAGCCACAGCCUGAUUCACUGUUGAGAUUGUUGCAGCGAUAUCCUGUCAUGUGGCAGGGCUUCCUCGCACUGAAGAAUGAUCAGGCUGUUGUACAGAUGCAUUUUGUAUUCGGUAAUCCAAAUGUCGCUAGAGAGAGUCUUCCAUGCAACAGCGAUGGGUCGACACUGCCCUUGAGAAUUGCCCAGAGGAUGAGACUGGAGCAGACACAGGUGGAGGGGGUCGCCAGAAAAAUGCAGACGGACAAUGAACACUGUAUGCUGCUGGCAUUACCCUGUGGGCACGAUCAUGAUGAUGUUCUUCAACAGAGUCAGAAUUUACAAACUGGAUUCAUAACUUAUUUGCAACAAAAAACAGCAGCUGGAAUCGUUAACAUUCAUGAUCCAGUGUCGCAACAGCCUGCGUACGUAGUCCACAUAUUCCCAUCCUGUGAAUUCGCCAACGACAGCCUCGCGCGAAUUGCUCCUGACCUUCUACGUCGUGUAGCAGACAUCGCUCACCUGGUAAUCGUCAUCGCCACCGUCUGAGACAAGACCUGGAUUAUAAUAAUUCCAAAGCUCUCCAACAGCAUCACCCAGCGGAUCUUCAAAGCCCAACAGCUUCUCCUUCCCUCGAUAAACGACACAAAUCCCCUGAUAUCGUAACUGACAAUCAAAACAAGCUCCAGCUCUACUCAACCCCUGGAUCUGCAGAUUGUGAAAUAGGUGGGGUGGGAUUGUGUGAUAAAGCGGGGAGGUUAGCACGGUUGAAAAAAAAAAAAAUUAUUAAGAAUUUUAAUAACAAAAUCCUUGCGUUCCUCUCCACCUUUUCAUCAAGCAUUGGCUCAUUUUUCUCAGCCUAAUUCAGCGACUGAUCAUGUUUGUGGGAAUGACCGACAUCACCCUUGGUCUAUCCGACAAGCAGAUUGGGCACAUCCCCUCCCACUUGAUGUACAUGAAAAAUAAUAAUAAUAAUUCAAAGGAACAGCUGAAAAUUGAUAAAAUAUUGAGUCAUUCAUGGGAGAUGUCCACAGUGGCGUCAAAUAAGACGCCAAAAAUUUUGCAAAACUCCACUCAAAGUGAGAAAAGAAAAACCCAGAUGUAUAAAUUGAAUUUUUAAACAAAUCCUGGAAAUGAGAAGUAAAAAAUAUGCUAAAAAUCCGUAUAAACGAGUUUAUACUUAAGGCUUAGAAUUAAUGUUGUAUGAUAUAAGCGAGCCAGCGAGGGCAUAACUACUGUGAUUUUAAUUAUUUAACGAUAUCUGCAUAUAUAAUGGUAAAAAAAACCUUGAGAUGGUAAAUCAUAAUAAGGUGAUGAGACAAAGAGGAGAAAAAAAAGUAAAAAAAAUGGUGAAAAAAAAUAUUAAAACAACAUAAAAAGCAAACCGUUCCAGGUGCGCAAUAUGUGAUGUGUUUUUGUAUAAAUAAUUACUCCAUAUAAAUACCUAUGUAUUAUAUUACUGUAUACAAUAGUUUUUGCUGCUGCUGCAGUUGAAGCCGCCGCUGCUCCUGUCGAACUAGAAAGUAAAUGGACAAAUGAUGUUACAAAAAAAACAUGAAGUGAAAUGUAGACAUUAACGAAAAAUAUUAAGUGAAGAAAAAAAAAUGAUGAAUUUCAAGGACUAUGUAGGUGUUUAUCCCUAGUGUACCAUAAAAGAAAUUCCUAGCAGGAUGUAACAUAUUAUCAUGAUUAAUGAUUAAUUAAUGAUAGAAAUGCAAAUUAGUGAUUAAUGAAAUAUGUACAUUAUAAAGAACUUAUAAUAUUAAUUAUUAUUAUCAUUCUUAUUCUUUAUUACUCA